AUGAAUCCAAGUACUUUCAAUGAGAUAUUCAAUGAUAUCGUCGCCUUGAAUGCCAAAGAAGGACCAAGUUCAAACAUAUUUGAGCCUAAGUUUAAGGCAAGAGAACAAUUGGAAAAGCUCAAGGAAACUCUGAUUAGCCUUUAUAUAGCCAACAAAAGUCUUAUAACAUUGCAGCAGCUGUGUCGCUGCUUAGUGCUCAUGGGCUCUAUUAUGAUAGAAGUAGAAGAGUCUGAGGAAGGGGCUCUGGAAUUGAGAAAAGCAUAUCGUCUAUUGCAAUAUUGCAUAAAGGGAGAGUUGACAGCUAAUCUCAAUGUUGAGCCAGUGACCUUGGAGGAGGUUAUGCAUUCCACGUAUCAAGAUCCCUUGAAAGAGCACCACUACGCUGAAUGCGUCGAGUUUGUACGGGUUCACAACGCAUUAGCUAUAUACUUGUCCAAUGCGCGCCCUGAUGACGCUAUAAAGAUUCUCCUUUUAGCUGAAAAGGCAUAUCAAGACUGGGAUAGAUGGUACAUAGCCCAACAGUCGUGUGCCUGCACGAUCGAUAGUAUCCCAGUUGGCGACGAUGGAAGGCUGAGGGUAGAGGACAUUCUGCAGCAGGGUGACGCUGAAUACCUGAAGGUGAUCACUCAGCGCCACGAGAUGGAUGAGGCUUACACCUCUACUCUAUUCUAUCUGGCUCAAUUGCAUGCUGCUUUGCAAAACACUACACUUGCGUCCAAAUAUUGCCACCUAACCAUGUAUUACCAACUAAUGUGUAAGAAGGAAUUUUCUAGAAAAGUAUGGGCCACUAAUGCGCUGCACUUGAGUUUCUUCUAUAGCAGUUACUUUGCAUACGGUCAGGCACUUUACUGUCUGAAAGCUGGACAAAUUAUGAUGUCAAAAGAGGACGCCGAUGAGUCGACUAGUGGCUUAGUGGCCUGGGCCUUUGGUCGCUACCAUAUGAAUCGCCUAGAGUACUAUGGAUCUCUUAUACAUAACCCCUCGGACAACAACCCCCCUAGAGAAGACUUUGUAUCUUACUGGAAAGACUUUCCCAUCGAAGGGCUAGGCCCAAUAGAAGAGCAACCAGACAUUGUGACUCUUAAUGACGCCCGUGAAGCCUUCAAGGCCGGAGAAAAGGCUUUGGAUGAUGCACUUAAAUUUCAUCCCUUCGAAACAUCCUGCACGCAGAACAUUCAAAUCCUCCAGGAUAAGGCCAAGCUGCAUUCUUAUUUAUCGUUUUUCGAGACAAACCGCAGCCGAAAAAUUGCCAUACUCCAGUGUCAGAUUGAUCUAUUAGAGAAUAUCCCGGAUCAGCUUAGUUUUAAUGCAUAUCCCAUAGUUGUGCGCCAAUUGCUAUAUGAUUUAGGCUCUUUUUAUGAAGACCUCAUAAAUCUACGCAAAAAGCAGAAGACCAAUCCGAAGAAAGGCGAAACCCCUCUAACUGACCUUGAAUAUAAUGCGCUAGUGAAUAAAUGCAAGGGGUAUUACGUCCGUUUCUGCGAUACGUGGAAACAACCUCAGACCUCGGUUAUUCCAGACGUUUUAGAUAAAGACUCGCGUCACCCAUUCUUUCGUUCACUUUUGCGAUUAGCGAGGGUAGAGAUAAACUACGCCUUCUCAAAUGCCAAGGAGGAGUUUGAUGCCAUCGGGAAAACCAUAGAAGCAUACAAAAAAGCCAUCAAAUUUGCAGAAAAAAACUUUACUGAUGAGGAUCUGCGUAAAUCUGUCGAAAAAGAGGAGCAUAUGGCCAAGGAAAUGGUAAAUUUGUUGAUGAUCAAGCAGCAUGACAUGAGUAUAGCGCAUCAAAGCGGAUUUUUGGAUUAG